AUGCUGCCAGCCUCUUGCCUUGAAUUGAAGUGCCAGCUUAACGAGCGUGAUCAAGAACUGUUGCUCAACGACAUUGAGAUCACAGGAAUCCCGGAGAGUAAAGACGACAGCACCCUCCACCUCGUGAACGUUCUCGCAGUAAAGCUCGGCAUUACACUAGACGAGAGGGACGUCGUCCAUGCCGAACGAGUCGGAGCUACGCACCGCAACCGUGUGGUUGCCUUGGAUGGCAGUAUUGCUGCUGACCCCGCUGCGCAACGGCCGCGGAGUAUAUCGGUGCGCCUGGCGAGGCGCGCGACCCGCGACGCGCUACUGCGCGCGGCCCGAGUGCGUCGUGGCUUGAGUACGGAUGCACUCGAUAUGCCUGGGCCGCCGCACCGUGUCUACGUCAACGAGCGCCUCACGCGCACUAAUCGCCAGUUAUUUUAUCGCGCCCGCCAGGCAGCGAGUCUGCAUGGCUGGAAGUAUGUGUGGACAAGGGAGGGAAAAAUAUUGUGUCGCAAGGACGAUCGUUUGAAGGUAGAACGUAUUAGACUUGAAGAUGAUGUUACCAAAAUUUUUGGCUAAAGAUCGGUUUGAGGCUUAAGUUGUGUUUAAUUGUAGUUGUGCCUAAGAUUUUUCAUUGUACUGUCUUUUUAUUGUUAUUAU